AAAAAAAAUCCUUUAAUGAUCUCCAGUUAUCAUGUCCGUUAUUUUUUUGGUCAUGAGCUACGUUUCCUUUAUUGAUCCUUUAAAGCAAACCAAUUAGAACUCUUUUCUUGUCCCUUCCCAAGAGUCUAUUGGUUGAGGGGUAUUCUCAUUUUCUCCAGGGCCCCGCCUCCAUGUGUCAGGCUCUGCGUUGGUACAGCACCGUUGAUGCGCUGAAGUAAAAUACUGCAAUCUAACUUUCUACUUCAGGCUUGGAUGGACUUUCCUCAAAGGAAAAAAACAAACAAACAAACAAAGGCAACAACGAAUCAGUGAGCAGAACCCGUGCAAGGCGAUUCCAAACUACCAUCUUUUGAGCAUUUCCCCCCACUCUCCCCCAAGCUCUUCUUUUUCUACAGUAGCUAUGAAGUGCAGUUAUGGCAAGGAGUAGCAAGUCAGCAGCGAGGACCCUGGAGGAUUUGACGCUAGAUUCUGGUUAUGGUGGAGCCGCUGACUCCUUCAGAUCGUCCAGUGCGUCGCUGUGCUGCUCAGAGGCACAUGGGGGGAAUUACUGGCAUUUAACCGACUCAAUGCACAGUCGACACAACAGUCUGGACACUGUUAACACGGUCCUGGUUGAGGACGCCGAGAUCCUGGAGUGCAGCGGGCAGUGCGCUAAACUACCCGAGCUUGAGGAUGUGCCAUGGAGCCUCGGGGAAGUUGCAAGCGCGCUGUGCAAGGACGAGGAGAUGAGUCUUCCGACGCCCCCUCAGGACGUCCUGCUUAGGCUCUCGGUGCUGGUCAGCCGCGUCCUGGUCAGGGUCGCCAAGGAGGCGCAGCGCCUGAGCUUGCGCUACGCUAAAUGCACUAAAUACGAGGUACAAAGUGCCAUAAAGAUCAUCCUGUCAUGGAGCGUCUCGAUGAGCUGUAUCGGCGCGGCCGUCAGUGCCUUGUCCAUGUACAACAUGAGCACGGACGAGGACAAGUUCAGCCGAGGCAAGUCGGCACGCUGCGGGCUCAUCUUCAACGUGGGGAAGUUCUUCAGGUGGAUGGUGGACAGCAGGGUCGCGGUCAGGAUCCACGAGCAUGCGGCCAUCUACCUGGCCGCUUGCAUGGAGAGCCUCUUCCGCGAGGUGUACGCGCGGGUGCUGCGCAGCGCCCUGCUGGAGCGCGACAACGGGAUCCCCAAGUUCACGGUGGAGGUCCUGGAGCAGGCCGUCAACGGCGACGCAGAGGUGUGGGGGUCGGUGCAGCCCUGGCAACACCUGAUCUGCGGGAAGAAUGCGAGUGGUGAGUUAUGAGGGCUGGAAGUCGGUGCAACAGGGUGUUUCUACUCUUCAGCAAUCUGUAAAAAAUAGCUUAUAGUUAAAUAGCUUCACUUGGUGACUAACAAGUGAAUAAAGAGAAACUCGCAAAUUAACAAGUCCUUUCUCCGAGUGCAGGAGAAGUUUGAGCCUUUUCGUCGUCACUAUACUUGAUGACGUUUAAUUUUAAUGCAUUCAG